UUAUAGAGUUGGUUGGGAGGAGGGGCGAGGUUGGAGUUGUAAGAUGGCGGCCUGGAGCGCGUCGGGCGCUGUCCCCCCGGCGGUCUCCGGCUGAGCUCGCAGCUCUCCCUCGCUGCUGAACACAGAGAGGCGCGGCGUGGCCCCCAGAGGACAUGGUGUUUGAGACCCGGGGCUUGCUGACCACCAAAUCCUUCGAGAACCUCGGCGCACCGGAAGCGACCGGGCGCGCCCAGCGGGGCGAGCAGCGGCCGCUUCCGACCCGAGGCCCGUGCGGCUGCAACCUCGCACCUGCUCGCUGCCGCGCACCCGGCUUUCGCCGCACCCACAGCGCAGCGAGUGCGGCGGCGGCCGCCUGGGAGGCUUGAAAAAAUGGCCAAAAGAAUUGCUGAGAAGGAAUUGACCGACAGGAAUUGGGAUCAAGAAGAUGAAGCAGAGGAGGUGGGAACGUUCUCAGUGGCCAGUGAGGAGGUCUUGAAGAAUAGAGCCAUAAAGAAAGCAAAGCGUAGAAAUGUUGGAUUUGAAUCUGAUAGUGGAGGGGCCUUUAAAGGUUUUAAAGGUUUGGUGGUGCCAUCUGGCGGAGGCGGGUUUUCUGGCUUCGGUAACGGUGCCGGAGGGAAGCCUUUGGAAGGACUAUCUAACGGAAGCAGCGGCGCCCCUCCCUUCUCCGGCGCCAGGGCAGCGAGCGAGACCCAGGCAGCCUCCGGAUCUAUUGCCGCAAACGGUCCUACCUCCUUGGUCGAUAAAAAGAUUUUAAAUCCCAAAACUAACGGUGACAGCCAGCAGCCCUCUUCCUCCGGCCCCCCCUCUGGCCCCGCCUGCCCCCGGAGCGCCUACCACAAGCAGUUGGCCGCCUUAAACUGCUCCGUUCGGGACUGGAUCGCGAAGCACGUGAACUCCAACCCCCUCUGCGACCUGACGCCCAUCUUUAGGGACUAUGAGAGCCACCUGGCGGGCAUCGAGCAGCAGCUGGGCGGCGGGGGUCCCGAGAGCGCCGCCAGCAGGGCCCCCGGCGCCGCGCCGCCUCCCCCCCGCUUUGGGGAGGCCACGUCCCAGCAGGAGUCCGCGUUUUUGUUUCACGGCAGCAAAACCGAGGAUGCGUCUGAAAAGAAGACCGAGGCGGAUUCCGAAAAGAAGGUGGACCCGUUGGUGGGAGCAGCGAGUGCCUCGUUCAGCUUUAGCAAGAAGAUCGAUGGUUCCGUCUUGGGCUCCUUAAACUCGGGCCCGCUGACUGGGUUUUCAUUUUCCUCCGGAAACUCCAGCUUUUUUGGCAGAGAUAUGAGCCAGAAGAAACCGGCCUCUUCCCUGUCCUCGGAGACCCCGGAGGAGCCCGCGGGCGGCAGUGACGAGCGCAAAGGCGGAGACGAAGAGGAGAAUGAUGAACCACCCAAAGUAGUAGUUACCGAAGUGAAAGAAGAAGAUGCGUUUUACUCCAAAAAGUGUAAACUCUUUUACAAGAAAGACAACGAGUUUAAAGAAAAAGGUGUGGGUACUUUGCAUUUAAAACCUACAGCAAAUCAGAAGACACAACUCUUAGUGCGGGCAGACACCAAUUUAGGCAACAUACUGCUGAACGUCCUGAUUCCGCCCAACAUGCCGUGCACGCGGACGGGGAGAAACAACGUACUUAUUGUGUGUGUCCCAAACCCACCCAUCGAUGAGAAGAAUGCCACCGUCCCGGUCACCAUGUUAAUCCGGGUGAAAACAGGCGAGGACGCAGAUGAGCUGCACAAAAUUUUACUGGAGAAAAAGGAUGCCUGAACGCCCGCCCUCUGAGGAGUUGGUGCCAAGCUGCUGCCCCCGCCGCCCUUCACCGAGCUGGUCAGUCCUCCUCUCCUUCCUCUGACCUUCCAAGGACUCGUGGAGAACGUAAAACUUCUGUGAGGAAGAUGAAUGUGGCCAAUAAAACCUUUAAAUGUUAAGUGUCAAGAAACUAUUCUCCCUUCUUAAGAACUAUCUAAUGUGUAAAAUAAUGUUUGAAUGAAAUUUUUUGGAAGAUUUUUAAUGUUCAUUUAUUAAACUGACCGCAAGUGAUUUCUUAACAGACUAAAAUCAGGGUAUCGAUUAGACUUCCCAAAGGCUGUUCCAAUCCCCGGGUGUCGGGGGCUGCUGCCUCUGCCGACAAGUCCCGGCACCCCGCGUCCAGAAGGAAGCUUGCCUGUGGCGUCCUCUCUGGGGGGCGUGGCUGACUGGGGAGAACAGCGCCCGUUUCCAAAUGAAUCAUGCUACUGGCCGUGGCAGUUGCGUUUUUCCUUUGCUGUUAAAGCUGAACCUUCAAUACCAAAUGUCCCCUCAGCACUAGAGGCGUUAGCUUUUGAUUUGCAGACGUAGGCCUUGUGGCCCUGUGGCCACGUUACCUGAUGCUGGAGCUGCUCUUUGGUUUUAAAAGGAAGCCAGUAGCUUGCUCUUCGGUUAGUUGAUCGGGUUUUAUAGUGUCAUUCCUGAGGCGCUGUUCCCAGCGCACCCCCUGCAGGCAAGUAGAACGGGGGGUGGUGUCAGGAGUGAGGUUUUUAAAGCACAAAUUUGGUAGCUUAUGUUGAUAGAUCACAGACAGCAAACCCCGGUGAAAAAAAAAAAUUAAGUCAAAGAGUGCGGUACAAAAGAAAGCGAAAUCUGCCCUAGUUAAUUUGUGCCGUGAGGAACCCUGUGCAUCCCCGAGCCGCUCACCAGCCCUCGGAGCUCUGACUACACGAGUCGUGUGCGCGCUCCAGGAAGCGUGCACCGAAGUCAUGGAAUCGAAAUGGGGUGUGCAAAUGUUGCCUUUAACUCCAAACAGGGGUGUCUUACUGUGUCUGAUGAGUUUCCAUGGACUUUUUUAAGAGUUAGACGUUCAGUUCGUCCACUUGGGAGGAAGGCCCGGUUACGCACGAGAAGAGCACGUCGCGUCCCCACUGCCGUUUGGUGUCUAGUCCCGGCCGCCUUGCAAGACUCUGGGCACGUGAAUUAGAUGCAGAUUUAAUGUUUAAGUGUCCACUUUCAUUCCUCACUAAUCAUUUAAUGAUCUUGUUUUAAAGGCUCAGGGUCCGUGCCUGAGGGCUCACAUUUGUGUAUUCUGAUCUUCAGCACAGAGAAUGUCUUCUGACUUAGGAAGGAACAGUACAGUAACUACAGAUAGGACAGUUGAUUUUUUAAAGAAAAGAAUCUAUAAUUUUUAGAUUUAAAGGGGGGCAGGGAAACUGUUUUAUGAUCAGCUGUGUGAACUCAGACGCUUGAAGUGUGGUAGUCGGCCCAACACUGAGCGUGAGAGUCUCGUACUUGUUUUCUCGUUCCGGUGAGAGAAUGUGGCCCCGGCGUGUGACUGAACAGAUACCCGGAGAGAUGCUUCUACUUCGCGGGGUGUGGGCGGCUUCUGCCAUCGGGAGAACUAGGGAGGAGUAGCGGGCGCUGCUGCGUUGUCUUUUUAGAACCGAGAACGUGGGUGAGCUUUUGUGACUGGUCAUCUGUAGGAAGCGGGCGGGUGACCCGGGGAGGCCCUGUUCCUUCGCCUGCGGUCUCUCUGGCCGUUAGGACGAAGGUGCGCGGGACCCCUGUGUCCUGGCCUCAGCCACACAUGCUCCUGUGGCCCCCGGGCGCCUGCAGGAGCGCCCAGCCUGUCCGGUGGGAUGUUUACCACAGUGGCCCAAAAACAUCAGAAUUGGGUCACCUCUCAACCCCCCUGGAAAAACAGUUCAUGUCUCUCCGAAUUAGUGGGUAUGUGUGGCUUUUUCUUUUCCUGACAUUCCCGGCAAACUUGCUGCUAUGACUGUCACUGUGAAAGUGACAGUUACAAGGGCGGAUGUGACAUGUGCGCCGUCGCUCACAACGCGCUCUUUCCGUGUCCCUUCUGCAUUAGGAACUUUGGCCUCCACUUUGAUUAUGUACUGACAGAAAAGAGUCCGAGUGCGUGUGGAUUUUACUGUAAAGUCCAAGUGCUUGUGUGUUACCCGGGGGCAGGGCCCCCAGAGAGCUCACCCCCCCCACUGUAUGACUAGCUCAGUUCCACCCCGUGGCUUUGGUUAGGUUUAUUUUGGACAAAAUACUAGGAAUUAGGCUUUAAAGUGUCUUAAUGUAGACAGAAGUGUUUGUAUCUAGUUGAAGGAUCUGUGAUGUGUAUCCUCUGUGUGGCCGGAAGGGACGUUUCCACCUUUAAUCCUAAUCAUGAUGCCUCAUACCAAGUGUCCCAGUGGCCUUUUUUUUUUUU